AUGAAUAAAUCAUUGGAACAAGUGUCAUUCAAGGAUGUCUGUGUGGACUUCACCCAGGAAGAAUGGUAUCUGCUGGACCCAGCUCAAAAGAUACUCUACAGAGAUGUGAUCCUGGAAAAUUACAGCAACAUUGUCUCAGUAGGGCAUUGUGGUACUAAGCCAGAGGUGAUCUUCAAGAUAGAGCAAGGAGAAGAGCCCUGGGUAUUAGGGGAGGGAUUCUCAAGCCUGCAGCACCCAGAAAGAAACUGGAAAGCUGAUGACCUGAUAGAGAGAAGCCAGGAAAAGCAAGAUGAACAUUUUUGGCAACUUAUAUUCACCAACAAUAAAACAUUCAGUAAAGAGAAUAGUAAUAGAACAGUAAAAACUUUUAACCUGAGUACAGACCCUGUUCCUUCAAGAAACAGUACUUACAGAAUAUGUGACUCAUGUGAAAUGAGUUUGAAAAAUUUUUCAGGUCUAAUUGUUAGUAAAAAAAGUUCUUCAGGAAAGAAACCUGAUGAGUUUAAUGUAUGUGAGAAAUUGUUCCUAGAUAUUACACGUAAGAAAAUUCCUGCUGGAGAGAAAUCUUGUAAUCAAAAAAGGAAUACCUACAGUCAAAGCAAUGAUCUUACCCAACCAAUUUUUGACCAAUCUUUUGAGUAUAAAGAAAAUGAGAAAGAUUUCCAUGAGGAGGUAGCUUUUACAAAUAAGAGAGCUCAGAUUGGAGAGACACUCUCUAAGUAUAAUGAAUGUGGGAAAGCCUUCAUCCAAAGUUUAAAACUCAAUAUAUCUCAGAGAACUCAUUUGGAAGUGGAGCCAUAUGAAUGUAGUUUUUGUGGGAAGCUCUUCUAUAUGGAUUUAAAAUUUGGACAUCAGAGAGCACUUACAGAGGUGAGUCCUUAUGAGUAUAAUAAUUAUGGGGAAAUCUUGUGUGACAAUUCAACUUUCAUUAUUCAUCAUGGAGCUUAUUACACAAGAAAGAUUCACCAUGAAUAUAAAAUAAAUGACAAAAAUUGGGAGAAGUCAACCUUCUUUAAACAUCAGAUAAUACAAUUGGAGGGAAAAUCCUAUGAAUACAAUAAAAAUGUGAAUAAUUUCAGCAAGAAAUCACAUCUUAUGCAAAUUCGAAGAGCUCACUCAAGAGAAAAAACCUUCGAAUGUGGCGAAUGUGGGAAAACAUUCUGGGAGAAGUCUAAUCUCACUCAGCAUCAGAGAACACAUACAGGAGAGAAACCCUAUGAAUGUACUGAAUGUGGAAAAUCAUUUUGCCAGAAGCCACAUCUUACCAACCAUCAGCGAACCCAUACAGGAGAAAAGCCCUAUGAAUGUAAGCAAUGUGGCAAAACAUUCUGUGUGAAGUCAAACCUUACUGAACAUCAAAGAACACAUACAGGGGAGAAACCCUAUGAAUGUAAUGCAUGUGGGAAAUCCUUCUGCCACAGGUCAGCUCUAACUGUACACCAGAGAACACAUACAGGUGAAAAGCCCUUUAUAUGUAAUGACUGUGGGAAAUCUUUUUGUGUAAAGUCAAACCUUAUUGUACAUCAAAGAACUCACACAGGGGAGAAACCCUAUAAAUGUAAUGAGUGUGGGAAAACCUUCUGUGAAAAAUCAGCUCUCACGAAACAUCAAAGAACCCACACAGGGGAGAAACCCUAUGAGUGUAAUGAGUGUGGGAAAACCUUUAGCCAGAGGUCAGUACUAACUAAACAUCAGAGAAUUCACACCAGGAUGAAAGCUGUCUCUAUGUCCUGAAUGUCCACUGUCAGAUUUGUUUUAUGGUUUACAAAAUGACAUUAGAGAAACCCAAAGAAUGGCACAGAUUACUAAGAAAUGA